UCUUCUCUCCUCUGCCAACUAUUCACACACACCUCAACCUGCUUCACUUCAUCUGGCAAGGAUAUAUCCGUAGAGCAUCAGCAUCUCCCCUCCCUUCGACCUUGAAUCAAAUCGAACGAAAUACCUACUGCCGCAUAACCCUACGCUGCCGGUUGACGACCCCAUCGCCAACAUGCCCUUCUUCUCCUUCUCGUCCUCCAUCUCCAUCUCCUCCUCCGUCAGCCACAACGGCAAGACGGAGGAGAAGCACUGGGCCCGCAAGCACGAGAGCGGCCCCUCGGGCUCCACGAUCCGGACGGCCUCCAUGCGAACGGGGGAGCCCGUGUACUUGGAGCGCCGCGACUACGACGCCUCGGGCCGGCCCAUCCCCCAAGGAGGCCGGGCUAUCCGCGCGGACAACACCACGAACUUCGAUAGACGCAUCGAGGAUGUGACGGAUCAAGAGGAGAGCAAGAAAGCUUGAGGGCGUCCUUUU